AUGGCGACGAGCGAACCCUCGGAGAACGACCCAGAGCUCUUCUACAUCAGUCUCAAUGACGACAAGCCCACUACGAUCGUCCUUCUACACGGCCUGCUCAAUUCACACCUCGAGUGGGAGUUUGUGAUUCCUCACCUGACGGACUAUCACAUACUCGCCCCCGAUAUAAGCGGCCACUCCCGCUCUCGAGACAUCCUCCCCGCUGACCUCUGCACCUCGGCCGACCGCGUUGCUGCCCUCAUCCGGAAGCACGCAAAGGGCGGGCGGGCUCACGUCGUCGGGCUCUCCAUGGGCGCCUUCGUCACGCUGCGGCUCAGCCAGCGCCAUCGCGAGCUGGUGUGGUCGGCGUUUGUCACGGCGGGCCAUCCCAUGGAGGGCCGGUGGGCGUGGGUCGUCGGCCACCCGCGCGUGACGUUCUACGUGAUGCUGUUCCUGCUGGAGGCGGUCCCCCGCCGGCUCUACCUCGCGGUCGCGGCCCGCCACGGCAUGCGCAGGCACGAGGCGCUGCUGGGCGAGAUGCGGCAGAACCGUCGGUGGGAUGUGAUCCGCGACGUGGACCUGGGGCUGCUGGAGCUGACCUGGGACGACGUGCGAGCGCUGCCCGUCAAGACGCUGUCCAUUGCGGCCGGCAACGUCGAUGACGUCGAGGCGGUGAGGCGGAUGGGGAGGGAGAUGCCGGUGGAGGGGUCCUUGGGGGUCGUGGUGCGAGGGGCGGUGCACACGUGGAACCUCCAGAAGCCAGAGCUGUUUGCGGAGGGCAUCAAGGCGUGGAUUGAAGGGAGGGGAUUGCCAGAGGAGUUGGAGGUGUUGACGUGA